AAAGAAGGGAGAAAAAAAACCCAUGGAGGAAGCAGGAAGUCGGUCUACCAAGAAGCAGAGCCCGAACACAUAAACAAUACACAAAGAAACUAAAGUCAAACUGACAUAUUCACACAGUUAUCGCAAUGGCGGGUAUUAAAGCACUGGUUGGUUUGUCCUUUAGUGGUGCCAUCGGUCUGACGUUUCUUCUGCUGGGCUGUGCACUGGAACAGUACGGGGUAUACUGGCCGCUGUUUGUCCUGAUUUUUUACGUCUUGAGCCCCAUCCCAACCUUCAUAUCCAGACGCCUCGGUGAUGACACCGACUCCUCCAGCAACGCAUGCAGAGAGCUGGCCUACUUCUUAACAACCGGCAUCGUCGUAUCAUCCUUUGGACUCCCCAUUGUCCUAGCCCGCAAUAACACAAUCCAGUGGGGUGCCUGCGGCCUCGUGAUGACAGGAAACGCAGUCAUCUUCCUCACAAUCCUCGGCUUUUUCGUCGUGUUUGGAGGAGGCGACGACUUCAGCUGGGAGCAGUGGUAGAGUGCCUUUGGAUGGUGGUCAGACAGAAGGACGGACGGAUGGAUGGAUGGAUGGAUAGAUGGGUGGUGGGUUGGUGGAUAGUUAAAUGGAUAAACUGCAAACUGAGGGACAUAUGUGUCCUGCACUCAGUGGGGGGGUAAUGCUCAGGUAUAGGCCUUUAAAAAGUGUAAAGAAAUUAUUAGGCGUGUUAUCUGGCCAAUUUUUAUAUUAGGAGGUAUCAGGGUUGGAGACAACACAACCUGUUAAUGUGCCUUAUGUCUGGGACCAGAGAGACACUGAUGUCUAUACCCCCCUCAUGCUAUAACCCCAUCACUAUCCACCUUAACCCAUGUAUUUUAGCUUGUCUUGCAUUUGUUUGCAACCCCCAAAUCACCUUUCUCAUUGCAGCUUUCUGCUAUUUCAUUAUGCCUCAGUUAAUCAAUUUCAUAAAGGGAUCCUAAAGAGUAACUCUAUUGUAACCUACACUGCAUUAUCUGUCCUCAAUGUUCAAGGGGGAAGUGGCUAUACUGAGUUAUGCCUUGCUUAUUAUGAUUGUUUCUAUUGAAAGUGUAAUGGCAGGGCAAGUUAUCCUAAUUCAUGCUAUCUGACAAAUAGUUGUAGGACUCGUAAUCAGGUAAGAUAUGUUUGUAUGGACAUCUUGUGUGUUGUUUUUUUUUUUUUUUUUUUUGUCGUUUUGCUAGAAGACUUUAAAGCCUUGUGUUUUGUUCUGGUGCAAUUGUUUACAUUCUCACCAAAGAUAAUUUUUUAGACUGCAAAAAGUAAAUGAGCAUAUGCACCACUAAACUGUGGGUUUUGAUCAGUGCUGUGCAGCAUCAUGAUGCUCAGAUGCUAGCAGAGGGAUUUGAGGAAGCACUGUUAAGUGAAUAUCUAAGCCUCUAUGCUCAGUCGUUGUGUGAACAGUCCAGAGAAUCCAUUUUAUAUAUAUUCCUGCAGACAACAAACAAUUUCGUACUAUUGGCAAAAGAACAUAUUGUUAAAUAGUGAAUUAUAUUUUACAUGUUAAAUGCUAAAUGCAGUACAUGCGUGUCUUUAGGCUAAGUGUCUUUGUUCUAAUGGAGAGGGCUCUACCUGCAAAAUCAUUCAUAAGUGCCUGCACAUACACAGUGAAUAUUUUAAUUAAUGGAAAAAUCACCGCGUCAGUUUUGUGUUUUCGCCAUCAGCGGCCAUCGAAAUCUGUAUCUGUAGAUCUAUACUGCAUCCUCAUCUUCUUUUUCAUCAUCAUUAACUGACCUUUUAUGAGGUUCUGGAGUUUAUAUGGGUAGCCCACUUCAUAGACUAUCAUCACAUCAGAUACUAUCAAUGUUGUGAAAAUUCUGCUCACUGUCAUAUAGUUGCUGAUUUGCUUAGUUCCCGAUACACAACUGUGUCACAAGGGAAAAUGUUAUACAGUAUGUCUGACAACUGACAUGUUCCUUACCGUCUCCAGGGAGAAGCUUUGUUCUUUCUAUUGUGACUCCCAUAGCCACACUUUAAAAACACUAACGAGUGCUUUAUGAGCUCUCAAGUGUUACUUUGUAAGCUCCUGACUGCAUUUUGUUUUCUAACAUUGAUUAAAACUCUCUGUAUAG